UUGUUUCUUUGUACUUUGCGAUUUUUGCACAUUAUUAACUAUUCUUUCAACAUCACUCACUUUUCAAUCCUUGCGUAUGCAGAAUCUCCUACCCAUUUAUGUGUGUCCGUACGUGACUACUACUGCUACAAAUUCCAGAUUCGUCCCGGGGUAUUUAAUCCAAUACUUCAUGGAAAGCGGCUUUUCCAGCAGUUCGCUGUCGACACGUACAUCAAGAUUGAGAGCUCUCGUUUAGAUUUCAUACGUAAGAAUCAGGAUCGUUUAAGGGCAGACCUAUACCAGGGCUUGGUGGAUAGCAUGUUAGAUGGAGAUAUCAGAGCAGAAAAGGUUGGGAAGCGAACUGUGCUGUCUACGUCAUUUAUUGGUGGUCCUCGUGACAUGAAACGUCGGUAUAUGGAUGCUAUGGCUCUGGUGCGGAAGUUUGGUAAACCGGACAUCUUUCUUACCAUGACAUGUAACCCCAACUGGGAUGAGAUAAGGAGAGAGCUUCUCCCUGGGCAAACACCACAAGAUCGUCCCGAUCUUGUAGUGCGUGUCUUUCAUGCGAAGCUACAGGAGUUAAAGCAUAGGCUGACUAAACAGGAUAUUCUCGGUAAGGUCCGGGCCUACGUCUAUGUCGUGGAGUUUCAAAAGCGGGGUUUGCCACAUGCCCAUUUUCUACUCAUCAUGCAGAGGAAGUACAAGCUAACGUGCCCUGAGCAGUAUGACCUUUUGAUCUCAGCCGAGAUCCCACACAACAAGUACCCUGAACUACGAAAGAUGGUUAUCAAGCAUAUGAUGCAUGGCCCGUGUGGGUCGUUAAACCCUAACUGCCCAUGCACUAAGGGCCAUGUAUCGUGCAAGAAUCAUUACCCCCGGCCUUUCAGUGACACAACCUUGCAAGGGAAGGACUCAUACCCGAUUUACAGACGUCGUGAUGAUGGGCGUAAGGAAAAGGUUCGAGGGUGCGAAUUGGACAAUAGAUGGGUUGUCCCUUACAACCCUUACCUCCUUCGUCUCUUCAACUGUCACAUCAAUGUUGAGGCGUGCGGGAGCAUCAAGGCUGUUAAAUACCUUUUCAAGUACAUAUACAAAGGCCAUGAUCGUGCGUCUGUUGUUAUGAGAGAUGCGAGCAAGGCAGAUGAUGAUGUAGAUGAGAUCAAGCAGUACAGAGAUGCAAGGUGGGUGACUCCUCCAGAAGCGUUAUGGAGGAUAUACGGCUUUGAGCUUAGUCAGAACUCUCCACCUGUGAUGCAAUUGCAACUCCAUCUUCCAAACAUGCACAUGGUGGCGUUUCACGAACGACAAAUGGUCGAGCGAGUCGUCAACCGUCCAGGUGCUGAUAGGUCAAUGCUCACGGCAUAUUUUGAAGCGAAUAGGCUACAUGAGGGGGCUCGUGGCAUCCUAUAUCGUGACUUCCCUGAGUGGUACACUUGGCAAAGUGGUAAGGGCAAAGUAUGGCAACGGAGGAAGCGUGAUACGGGUGGACAAGUCGGUAGAAUAGUCUCUGCUCAUCCCGCUGAGGGGGAGCGCUACUAUCUCCGUGUUCUCCUAAACCAUGUGACUUGUGCCACCUCCUAUGUGGAUCUAAGGACAGUAGAUGGUGUCCCGCUACCAACUUUUCGUGAGGCAGCAGAGAGAAGGGGACUGCUUGAGUCGGACAACACACUGGAUGACUGUCUCACUGAACGUGCUCUUUUCCAGAUGCCAUCGGCGCUGCGACGACUUUUUGCCACAAUACUGGUGUACUGUGAGCCAAGCGACGUGGCGGUACUCUGGCAGAAUCACCUAGAUGUUAUGUCAGAGGACUAUCAACACAGGAGUCAGGGUAAAACUCAUGUUGAGCAGAUGGUAUUGAUUGACAUUAGGAACAUGCUGCAGUCAAUGGGAAAGGACAUAAAGACAUUCCCUCUUCCUCCUAUCAUCGACGCAUAUGACGAUGCUAUUGGUACUGCUAGGGAGGUCUACGAGGAGGAAAGUAUCGAACCAGCAGUGGGAGAUGUGGCUCUCAAAGACUCUCUUAACGAGGAACAGAGGGUCGCCUAUGAUAAGAUUCUAUCUGCCGUGGACACUGAUAAGGGCGGAUUGUUCUUUGUGGAUGGACCUGGUGGCACCGGGAAGACUUAUCUAUAUAGAGUGCUGCUCGCGACGCUACGCAGCCAGGGCAAGAUUGCAGUGGCAACAGCUACAUCUGGCGUUGCGGCUUCCAUAAUGCCUGGAGGAAGAACCGCCCAUUCACGCUUCAAAAUACCUCUCACUAUUGACGAUGGCGCUGUAUGUAGCUUCACGAAGCAGAGUGGAACCGCAGAGUUGCUACGGAAAGCAUCUCUCAUUAUCUGGGACGAGGCUUCUAUGACCAAGAGACAAGCCGUUGAGGCACUGGACAAUAGCAUGCGCGAUAUAAUGGGUCGGCCCGAACUACCAUUCGGUGGUAAAACCAUUGUCUUCGGUGGGGAUUUCAGACAAGUCUUGCCUGUUGUUCGUAAAGGGUCAAGGGCUCAAGUGGUCGCUUCUUCGCUACGGAUGUCUUACCUAUGGGAGUCCAUGUCCCACUUAAAGCUUGUUAGCAAUAUGAGGGCAAAAAAUGACCCUUGGUUUGCGGAGUAUUUGCUGCGCGUAGGCGGUGGAACUGAGGACACAAAUAGUGACGGCGACAUCUGUCUUCCUGACGAGGUAUGUGUGCCUUAUAGUGGGAGUGACAACGAUCUUGACAACCUAAUAGACUUCGUUUUCCCAAAUCUCAACGAAAAUAUGUCUGAUUCGACCUACAUCACUUCAAGGGCGAUACUGUCAACGCGGAACGACUGGGUGGAUAUGAUAAAUGCUAAGAUGAUCGAUCGUUUUCAAGGGGAGCAUAUGUUGUACCAUAGUUUCGAUAGCGCCAUGGAUGAUCCUCAUAACUACUACCCUCCUGAGUUCCUAAACACACUGACGCCUAAUGGGCUGCCACCACAUGUUUUGAAGCUCAAGAUUGGAUGCCCUAUUAUAUUGCUUCGGAAUAUAGACCCUGCGAAUGGACUUUGCAAUGGCACCAGACUGGUCAUUCGUGGUUUCCAAAGAAAUAGCAUUGACGCAGAAAUUGUACUGGGUCAGCACGCUGGAAAACGGAUUUUCUUGCCGCGUAUACCUCUGUGUCCCUCCGAUGAAGAGAUGUUCCCUUUCCAGUUCAAAAGAAAGCAGUUUCCUGUACGGCUUAGCUUUGCAAUGACUGUUAACAAAGCACAGGGUCAGACUAUUCCCAAUGUUGGUGUGUACUUGCCCGAACCAGUGUUCUCUCAUGGCCAACUAUAUGUUGCUCUAUCUAGAGCGAUAGCCCGAUCGAACAUAAAGAUCCUUGCCAUCCCAACCGUCGAUGGGAAGAAGAGGUCGAGGAAGGGUCUAAGAAAGAACCCUACAGUAGAUUGUGGGACAUGCACCAAAAACAUCGUAUACAAGGAGGUCCUAACAAACUAGACCCACGCUUCAACACAUCUAAAGAUGAAUCCUCUAAAACCGUCGAUGGGAGCAGAGAAGCAGAUGUACGGUCAGCCAAGGUUUCUAAUCACCUUCAGUUCAUGCUUGUUAUUUGGCAUGCCUGAACAACAUUUACAGUAUCUUAUUUUUUUUCAUAUGCAUUUGUCAUUCAUAAUAUAUGGUCUCAUAUGAAACAUAUGAAUAUGCCUAGCUUUAUGUCCCUUAUAGUCUUCAAAAUACUAUAAAUUCUUACAGUGUAAUAGAUUUCCAUUUUUGUAUCGCUAUUACUGCUUAUAUAUGAAAUAGAGUGCAUUUCUAUGUUUACACCACAUGCAGCCCGUUUGGGGUUUUAUAACUAGAACUUAAUGUUUUCAUCUCUGGUGAAGCUAUAAAUAAAACCUCGGAGUGUAACUCCAUUGCAUUUUGUUAAGUGGCAGUAGCAUUAUCUGCAUUUUCCUUUUCUGUGUGUCUGCCCCAAUAUAAUUUGAAAUUUGUCACUACUUUGCUUUUCAUGAUUGUUAGUAUAGUAUUCAUUGUUAGUAUAGUAUUCUAAAAAAGUAGUUUGUUACAAUAAUGGAA